AUGAUUAAAGGAAAUUCUGCAAUCUCUAUCACAGAGAUCAAAGAAAUCGAUGGUAGUAAUAACCUUACAAGGAAUUUUAAAUGGCAGUCAUUGCUUGGAAUUGCAUUUUCACUUACAAACUCCUGGCUAGGAAUUUCUUCUUCGUUGAGUGUGGGAAUAUCCAGUGGAGGACCUGUGCUUAUAAUAUAUGGUCUGAUUAUUGGAUUUUUGUUUUCACUUAUAUGUGCAUUCACUCUAUCCAGUUUUGCAAAAUUGCUACCAAACAGUAGCGGACCUUGUUUUUGGGUAUUGAAGUUAUGUGAGGAGAAUAGUGGUAUUGAUAGUGACCAAUCAACCGUCGAGAUAGAGGACGCCACCUCUCUAUGCACGGUCGAGACUCUCAAAUUAACUCUUCUGCAAAGGAACCUAGGUCUCGUUACCGGACUAUUAAACUAUUUUGGUGCUGUCUUCACAACUGCAAGUAUUUGUUCUUCUCUAUCCUUCAACAUAUUGGGCAUGUAUGCUGCAUCUCACCCGACAUUCGAAUUGAAAAAAUGGCACACUUUCAUAACUUACCAAUGUCUAAACAUAUUUAUAUUGAUGGGAAACUUAAGGUCAAAACCCUUACCAUGUAUCCUAAAAUGUGGUCUUUACCUCUCAGUACUUACUUUUUUCUUAACCUUUAUCAUGUCGAUGGUCUCACGUUCAAACAGCCGCACCGAUCCUUGGCCUUCAAGUUCCUCUAUUUUUGGAAAAUUUCAGAAUACUACAGGAUGGAGAUCAUCAGGAGUAGCAUUUAUUGUAGGUUUGAUAAACCCUUUGUGGGCAUUUGUGGGUAUCGACUCGGCUACCCAUAUGACAGAUGAGGUUGGGCAUGACAAGGCCAGAGUACUAGUGCCUCGAGUGAUAUUUACCACCGUUGUUCUGGGAUUCCUGACCAGUUUUGCAUACUCUAUCGGUAUGUUUUACUGUAUCACUGAUAGGGAAAGAGUACAGGGGUCUAUAUUGCCUAUUCUUGAGAUUUAUCAACAAGCAACUAGCAAUAGAAACCUCAGUAUAUUCAUGCAAAGUAUGUGUACAUUAUGUGGGUUGGUAUGUGGAGUUGCGUCCAGUACUUGGCAGAGCAGAAUUUUAUGGAGUAUUGCGAGGGACUUCCGUCUGAUUGAUAGGAGGUUAGGAAAGGUAUCAAGCGCUAAAGUUUUUUCGUCGAUUGUUGAAGUGCAUUCCAGGUAUCAAACACCGCUAAAAGCUCUUUUACUCUCCCAUUUUCUAAUAGUUAUCAUUGGUUGUAUUUUCAUGGUUUCCACAACAGCUUUCAAUGCGAUUAUAACAGCCAGUAUAACUCUACUUUUUAUUACUUAUGCAAUUCCAUCUUUUAUCUUCCUUGUAAAAAGACCCACAUUUUUCCUAGAGAAUUUGAGUGGGAUGAAUUCUAACUUAGAUGGUAUUACCCACAAAAGUCUGGGAUGGUUCUAUCUUGUUAUACAUUCAUUAUGUACCCUUUGGGCCUUGUUUUGUCUUUUUUUUUUCUCCCUCCCAUAUGAACUUCCAGUGAGUGCAAAAUCAAUGAAUUAUGUUAGCGUUGUGUAUGGUGUCGUAACACUAAUAAUUUUCAUGAUAGUAAAUAAAUAA